UGACAGGCGAUGUGAUGUGUAUGUAGGUGUGGAUGUGUUUGGAAGGAAUUGUUUUGGGGGUGGAGGCUGGAACACGAAUAAGGCAAUGUCUGUUAUCAGUAAUCAUAAGCUAUCGGCUGCCAUCUUUGCUCCCGGAUGGGUGUGUGAGAAACAUGGACAUGAACAUUUUGUUGAAAACCAAAAUAGAUUUUGGAAUUUGCUGUCAGAGUUUUGCACACCCAAUGUUAUCAGCUGUCUACCCAUAGUCACGUCAUUCUGUCAUGGGUGUGGAACAAAAUACUAUCGACAUGGACAGGUUAUAAAGAACAAACCAUGGGGUAACUUAAGUUGUCAGCAAUUACAACCAAAUAUAGUGAAUUCAGCGGAAGACAUAACUGUAGACUAUUGUACUAUGGAUGCCUACCAUGGUGGUGGAUGCUUAGAGGUUACUGGCAAACUUAAAUCAGACAAAUAUACAACACUUGGGAUAUUUUCAAGUUCUAUAAAAGUCGACCAUCCUCUACUGGUGUCUUAUACGUAUCAAAUGAUUGCAGAUGAGAAGGAUGUUGGUUUCUGUCUUUAUCUACGAUGUGAUGGUGGUCAGAAGAUUAUAUCUUUGGUCAGUGAUCAGGAAGUGGGUGAGAGGCAGUCACAAUCAACUGUAUCAGAUUACGGCAUAGAUUUCUCUGAUAAACUCUUCAAUUCAUCGCUGCCUUGCAUGACUGAUAUAUCCCAGCAUUCCUCAGUUUACGCAACAUUAUCCGGUGACAGCCAAAUCAGUUUACAAGCUACAUUCCAUGGUGAAGACAUUUCCACUAGUUCAAAAUGGAAAACAAGAUAUUACUUGGUUCCAUCAGAAGAGUUCAACAAUGACAUUCAAGAGAUUGCUCUCUGCUGUUAUGCCAGAAAAAAAGAAGAUGUGAGCUCUGUUGACUUUACUUUUAAACUAGGCUACCUUCAGAUUGUCAAUCCUAUAUCUUUGAUUAAUAACUCUAAAGAGGUCAGUGACCUUCAGUUGAGUGAUGACCAGUGGACUGAAUCAACUGAUGCUGACAGGAAUGCCCUUGUUAGUGGAACAUUGAAAUGGAAUUACCCAUCAACCUCUGGUGUCCAUUUUAAUAUAUUCUGUGUUGGACUCAAAACAGAUCCCCAUGACAACACUGAAAUUGACACGUCAUCCAGAGUUUUUAUUGGUCAAGCAUUUGUUAACAUGUACAGAAUUUGUGAUCUAUGCGUGUCAAGUGGAAAGGCAGAUACACCAUAUAGUUUCAAAGUGAUUGUACAGCCUGUCAAUAAUGCUGGUUUCACAACGCCUUUCAAAAAUUGCUCAACUCUUACAGUGAAUCAUACUUUAUGA